AAGAGAGGCACUGAAUGCAACUCAACCGCAGCCUCUGCGACUCUCACUCACUCACUCACUCUCUCUCCCUCUCCUGACAACAUGCGGUGGGGAGAGCUUUCCCAAUCGAGUUAAUAGGAAGGGAUCUUUGCAAAAGCCAUCGCCACAACCCCCCACAAAUUCCCUAUGAAGAAGGCAAACACUUUAAUAAACAGCAUUAUCUACUUGCAGUUGUUUCUGACCACCUUAUUUGGAGAAAAUAUAUGCCAAAAAGGAAACCCAGUGACUGAUGAUAUAAAAGAUAUUGAUAAAUUGGUUGGAAAUUUACCAAGUGAUUAUUCAAUCGAGAUCAAUUUUUUUCCAAAAAUAGCAAAUGCGAAUGACUCAUGCUGGAUGUAUUUGACAGUACCUGAAAUGUCACUUAGCCUGGAUAGCCUUUUGCGAAAGUUUGCAGAAAACUCAUCAAAUUAUUUAAUUAUCAAAAAACUCCAACGGAUUAUGGAUGGAAUUUACAGUUGCCUGGUUGCAGCAAGCAAGGAUUUGGAAGAAAUGGACUAUGAUUGUGAAAGUUCCAGCCGUAAACCAACAGAUUACUUUGAUUACUUUCGUGAAAUUGUCAACACAUUUCAAAGAGCAGAUAACAACUGCCCAUGUGAUUCUGAGGUUGUCUGCAGCAGAAUAGACCCAACAACCCCAGGGCGUGGCUCAAACUCCACUGCACAUGUACUGGAGCAGAGUAAUAAAACCCGUGCGUCCAAGUGUGAACGCAUACAUCCGGAGCUGGCUAGGCCGGGCCGUGCAAAAAGACACAUUCUCACAGCCAGUGAACAUGGCGGCCAACUUGCACACAGCACAUCAGCUGAACAGUCCUCAGUUGGUUCUUUUCAGCGUAAAGAAGACCCAACAACAGAAAUCCCUUUUUCAAUUGAUUCAGAGAGCAGAAUUGAAGAUCCUGGAUGUCGUACAUCAGUGAAAUACCUUAUCGUGGUUAUAGUCACCAUUCUUUCCACUGUGAGUCUCUCUGUGCCUCUAACAUGUCUGGCAGUUAGACUGAAGCAAAGGAGAAGAAACAGAGAGAAUCAAAGCCAACCAGAGGAAAGAAGGGAGGAAAAUGAAGUGCAAACCCAGUUUAUGUGUGAACCUGCACAAUCCAUGACAUAAAGCUAUACAAGAGGCAAUGUGGUUUUUUUUUUGCUUCUUAUUCGAAGCAGUUUUACUGGACAUGUAUAUUCCCCUUUCGGUAUGGCGCAAGAGAUGGAAUUAAUGUGAAGGACUUCUAGCUUUAUCUUCCGGUGUUCUACUUUGAAGAAUGUUCUCCACCAGUGCCAAGUGGACAUUUUGGCUGAACAGUCCAUGCUUAUGGUUCUACAGUGGAGUCCUCUUAUGAUCAAUCCUAAUUUGCUAGUCAAAUUCACAUUUAUCAGGCUGUGACAUCAAGUCGGCUCAUCAAACGACUGAAAAGGGUAACAGUGGAAUUAAGAGUGAAUCAAGAACAUGAGAAGAUGUAGAUAUACUUCAAGGAAGGCAACACAAAAUAGAAAUGGUUGGAAAAACGUAGUGAAACAGAUGUGAAGGAAAUAAAGCUUUAACUCGGUGUUCAUAACUACUCUCAUAAUACAAAGCAGUUUGACAAUAAGGCAUUUCACAAAUAGGCUAGAUGCAGAAAUGUUCAAGUGUUCACAUUAAAAUCUGCUUUGACAUAAGAGCAUUUGUGCUAUUAAGUGAACUUAAUUCUACCAAAACAGAUUAAAUUCUAUUAGAUAUCGAUAGGGAAGGGUUUGGUACUUUAGAAUUCUUUGAGACUAAGCAGAUGAUGUAAACAUGAUGAUAAUGAGUUGUGAACAUUACGGGAAUAAUUUGGUUUCAUUAUUUUAAGCCUAUCAGUUUCCAGAUGUGUCGGAUUGUCAGUUUCUCAAUUGUCAGAAAGAAGAAAUUAUCCUUUCUGCCAACAAUGCACAUGCAUCUAAGAGUGAUUUCAAAAGAAAAAGCAAAUUUAUAGUUUUCAGACCUAGAAGAUACCUUGUAGAUUUCCAAAACGCAUAGGAGUUGACAAUAUUUGGUCAUUUAAAUUGAUUAUUAUCAUUUAAAUUAAGUAGGAACCCAGUUGUUAGUCGAUUGGCGGAUUACUUUCCAGGGAUAAUAAAUAAAAAAAUUUGAUCACUUAAUCCACGACUGUGGGACACUGCUGUGCGCAGUUGACUGCCACGUUUUGUCCAUAAAAUACACAGUCAAUCCACUUUACAAUAUAUUCUGUGAAGAGCUUUGAGAAGUCUCAACGACGCAAUAAGGCGCUGUAUCAAAUGCAAGGAUUUUUAUGCUUAAAUAAAUUCUCGAAUAAAUCGGUA